AUGGCUUUCACAUUUCCCUGGGGUCUCCUCGGGGUGAUCCUGGUUUCAGCAGCUCUUCUUGGCGUUAGUACCAUUGCUAUACUAAUCCUCGCCCUAACGAUAUCCCACAACACUGCUGUCGCCAAAUGCCGUCCCAAGCAUACUCCAGCUCAUCUACUCGUGGUUCUGGGCAGUGGCGGCCACACGACUGAGAUGCUCUCCAUGCUCGAUCACAUGGAGCUCGACCAGUCCCUAUACACCUAUCGAACCUACCUUGUUAGCUCGGGCGAUAGCUUCAGCGCGAAUAAAGCGGUGGAAUUUGAGAACAAGCAUAAACCAGACGCACCAGCCACGGCGCACACCAACAGCUACAGUGUUGUGACAGUCCCGCGUGCGCGAAAGGUCCAUCAGUCCUACCUGUCAGCGCCGUUCUCUACAUUGGAAUGCUUCUGGGCAUGUCUUCUCGUUUUGCGCGGCCUUCAUCCGGAUCAGCCCCGACUGCCGGGAAAAUUUACUUCGCCUUACCCUGACAUUAUCUUCGCCAAUGGCCCAGCCACGGCCGUCUGUGUCAUGCUCGCCGCGAAACUCCUUCGCUUCUUGCAGUGUAUCCACCGCUUUUUCUCCCGCUCACAGAGCCCGCGCAUCCCGAGGCUGCGCACUGUUUUCGUCGAGUCGUGGGCGCGAGUUCGCAAUUUGAGUCUCUCAGGCCUUCUCCUCUUGCCGGUUGCCGACCGCUUCUUUGUACAAUGGCCUGGCCUGGGCGGAAGACGAGCCUGGUGGGGGAUGCAGAAGACGGAGUACGUGGGUUGGCUUGUUCUCUGA